GGCGGAGCAGAAGGUAAAAGUGGUAUUCAUGUAGAAGUUAAAAAAGCUAUCAACAGUCUGAAAAAUUGGAAAGCGCCUGGAACGGAUGGUAUACCGGCUGAACCAAUAAAAUAUGGCGGAGAAAGACUAUAUAUAUAUCAAGCGAUAUAUGAGUUAUGUCAAAAAAUAUGGGAAGAUAAGAAACUUCCAGAAAAAUGGAAUAAGGCCAUUGUCAUACCACUACACAAGAAAG